UUCCUUCGCGAACUUUAAUAUCGCGGCACAGUAUAUGAAGCCCCGAUUCCAGUAACAUAAGAAAAAAGAAAAAGAAAAACUAAACGCUAACGUACGCAUCUCACUCUCCCUCGCCAAAUCCAUUACCGCUACUUCCCUCCUCCCUGUCAAAGGUCCAUUACUCGCUCAGGUUUUGAUAUGUCGUGGUUGGAUUGUUGCUUUGUCUUGGCAAGUUAAUGAUGGCAUUAGUUUGUUAAUUGAGGAAAAUAUGAGCUUUAAUUUUUUGAUAAUAGAGAAAUGGAAAGUGAUGAUUUGUCAAAUUGUAAUGAUUUGGAAGUUAAGUUAGGGUUACAGAAGGGUUUGUCACAGAAUUUGUUGAAACCUAGGGUUAGUAGAGAGAUGGAAAAAGAGGAGAAGAAAUUCUUGGGGAAGAAAAUUGAGGCUGGUAUUGAUUCUGAUGAUAAUGAGCCUAUUGGGUCUUUGUUCAGGUUGAAGAGACCUAGAAACCCUAAAAAAGCUAAGGUAGGUUUGGAGAAGGUUGAAGUUAGGGAAGCUAAGGAUGAGGAUCUGGGGGGGAUGGAUGAUACACUUGCGAGUUUUAAGAAGAAGUUGAAAGGUCCUAAGAAGGAUUUGGGAUCUGUAAGUGCUAGUCAUGAUGAUGGGUUAUUGGAUGUGAAUGUGGAGAAGAAAGAACAAAAAUGCAAGGAGAGGGCGAGGAAAGUGUGGAUUGAUGGGAAGAGAGUGAGAACUGGGGGUGAUGUUGUGGGUGAUGAUGUUUUGGAGGGUUUGCAAUCCCAGGGUGCUUUAUUAGAGAAUCAAGGAGAGGAAAGUUGGUUGCCUGGUGAGAGUUCAAAUCAGCCUUUGGAUGGAAAGUUGGAAGAUUCGAUAUCAGCCUUUUUUCAGAAGAAGCAAUCGGGUUUGGCAAGGAAGUCUCGUGCAAAUUCAAGUUUUAAACAAAUUAACAGGGUUCAGUGUUUGGAUGACAGGUUGAGCCCUGGAUCUGGAGUUGGUUCUGGGGGUUCAAAGGAUGUGGCAGCGAGGACAAUUGGAUCAGGUUCUGUCUCAAGUGUGGUCUGCAAAGAUCUGGAAGCUGAAAACAGUUUUCACACAGUUGCUGAUUUGAGUUUGUUAGAUUCUAGCUCUAGACAAAUUUUGCAUGAGAAAAACCAGAGGCUUGAUAAUGGGUUUUGUGAAACUUCCUAUUUCACAAAUGAGAACUCUGAUAGAAUUAAAUGGAUCCCUGCAACGAAGGAUGAAACUAUGAAAUCCGAUGACAAGAGACACGGUAAAUCUUCAGAAGUUACCGCAGAGGUUUCUGCACCUGUAUCACCAGCAUUUUCAUCUCAGGAUGAGGUGAUGGAAGAUGAACAAAUGCAGGACCCUUGCAUCUCAAAUACUCAAGAGGAACCUAUGGUGGAACCUUGUAGUUCAGAUAGGAUUUGGAAUGAAAGUCAUUCUGCUUCAGGACAUAAUGACGGCUUGGAAACACACACUCUAAAGAAUGGGUUAAGGCUUUGUUCUGUGAGUAAAGCAAGCUCCUUGAAUGCAGUAGAACAACAAUCUAAGGAUGUUUCAGCUGCAUGCAUAUCGAAUGCAGAACCUCAAAUUUCGUUAUCUUCAGACGGAAGAGAAAUUUCAGCUUCCUCUAGCCCUAAUAGUCAAAAUGAACUGCAGGAUCUUGAUUCAGUUCCUAAAAAGGAAAAUGUUGAAAUAUCUGAUGGUAGGUUAUCUCCUGUCACUGUAAUAUCCGGGGAGGUCCAUAAAUCUUUGCACACAAACCACAAUGGGAACUCCUUAGAUUAUCUGUCCAUCAAUGAAGAGGCCAAUGGGCUGUCUCCUCCAUCUGUAACUCCUGAAGAAAAUGAAAGUUAUCUGGAAGAUGCAGUGUUGGUGCCAGAUUCUGAUAUUAAAGAUGGUCACUUAGCAGCUGUCCAGCGUGCCGUGCGGAAGGCCAAAAAACGUAGACUUGGAGACAUGGCUUAUGAAGGGGAUGCUGAUUGGGAGAUUCUGAUAAAUGAGCAACAAUUUCUGGAAAAUGACCAUGCUCUUGAAAGUGACCGAUCUCUUAGAACCAGAGAGAAGUCUGAUUCCUCUUCAAAUAGUGUGGAGGCUGAAAAUGGCGGGAUUGCAGCAGUUUCAGCUGGAUUGAAAGCCCGUGCAGCAGGUCCAGUUGAAAAGAUAAAAUUUAAGGAGGUCUUAAAGCGCAAAGGUGGGCUUCAAGAAUAUCUGGAGUGCAGGAAUCGAAUAUUGUGUCUUUGGAGCAAAGACAUUAGCCGUAUAUUGCCUCUUGCAGACUGUGGAGUCACUGAGAUACCUUCCCAGGAUGAAUCACCUCGAGCUUCUCUAAUAAGGCAAAUUUAUGGAUUUCUUGAUCAUAGUGGCUAUAUAAAUGCUGGAAUUGCUUCUGAGAAAGAGAGAGCAGAACCUAGUACCAAUCACAAUUAUAAACUUGUUGAAAAAAAAACUUUUGAGGGAAAUUCUGGAGCUUCAGUAGCUGAUUUAGAGGAUGGGGUCUCCUUUAUCCUUGGCCAGGUUAAAAGUUCUGAAAAUUCCUUGGAGCCAAAAAAUGGAGUUUCAGUGGAUAAUCAAGACCUGGCAUCAAAAGCUUUGAAAAGUGGGGAGCUUGUUACUCCAAUGACACCAGAUUUACCCAAUGUCAUGGAAUAUGAAGAAUUACCAGCUGCUGGUAUUCAGCAAAAUAGUGCUAGCAAUUCAAAGUUACCUAAUGGACUGGCCAGCUUGGAUCCUUUGAGUACUGAUCCAUCUUGCACAAUGCUGGAUGGCAGAACGGUGGUCACUUCCAUAACCCCAGAGUUAAGGGAUGACUUGCAGAGUGUUAAAUCUAACUCUUGUGCCAAUAUAGGAGAAAGUCAUAAAUUGCUGUGUGAUUCUGAAGACAGAAAGAAAAUAAUUGUCAUUGGAGCUGGUCCUGCUGGCUUAUCUGCUGCACGUCACUUGCAACGUCAGGGUUUUUCUGCCAUUAUACUUGAGGCUCGAAGUAGAAUAGGUGGUCGUGUUUAUACAGAUCGUUCUUCUCUUUCGGUCCCUGUAGAUCUUGGGGCUAGUAUUAUAACUGGAGUUGAGGCUGAUGUGACUACUGAAAGAAGACCAGACCCUUCCUCAUUGAUUUGUGCUCAGUUGGGCCUUGAGCUGACUCUGCUAAAUAGUGAUUGUCCUCUUUAUGAUGUUGUGACUAGAGAAAAAGUUCCUACAGAUCUGGAUGAAGAAUUGGAAUCUGAAUACAACAGUCUUCUUGAUGACAUGGUAUUGGUUAUUGCUCAGAAAGGGCAGCAUGCUAUGAAAAUGUCUCUGGAGGAUGGUUUAAACUAUGCACUGAAGACUCGUCGCAUGGCUCAUCCUGGACCCACUAUUGAUGAAACUGAAUCAGGAAUUGCAGUGGAUACAUUAUAUGAUUCGAAAACUUGUAGUGUUGAUGGUGGAGCUCAUGAGAGGAGUUCCAAAGAGGAGAUUCUGAGUCCCCUUGAGAGGAGGGUUAUGGAUUGGCAUUUUGCUCAUUUAGAGUAUGGCUGUGCUGCUUCUCUCAAGGAAGUUUCUCUUCCCUACUGGAAUCAAGAUGAUGUUUAUGGAGGAUUUGGAGGAGCUCAUUGUAUGAUAAAAGGAGGUUACAGUAAUGUUGUCGAGGCUCUUGGGGAAGGACUUCACAUUCACUUGAACCAUGUUGUCACAGAUAUCUCAUAUGGCAUUAAAGAUGCAGGAGCAAACGAAAGUCAUCGGAGUAAAGUCAAAGUCUGCACCUUGAAUGGCAGUGAGUUUUUGGGAGAUGCUGUGCUGAUUACUGUCCCUCUUGGGUGCCUGAAAGCAGAAACCAUCAAGUUUUCCCCUCCAUUACCCCAAUGGAAACGUUCUUCCAUUCAGCGACUUGGUUUUGGAGUUCUUAAUAAAGUGGUCCUUGAAUUUCCAGUUGUUUUCUGGGAUGAUUCUGUGGAUUACUUCGGUGCGACUGCUGAGGAAACUGACCAGAGGGGUCACUGUUUUAUGUUUUGGAAUGUCAAGAAAACUGCUGGGGCUCCUGUUCUUAUAGCCCUAGUAGUUGGCAAGGCAGCGAUCGAUGGCCAAAGAAUGAGCUCAUCUGAUCAUGUAAGUCAUGCACUAAUGGUUCUUCGUAAACUUUUUGGGGAGUCUUUGGUACCUGAUCCAGUUGCAUCAGUGGUGACUGAUUGGGGCAGGGAUCCUUUCAGCUACGGUGCUUAUUCCUAUGUUGCCAUUGGAUCAUCUGGAGAAGACUAUGAUAUAUUAGGCAGGCCUGUUGAGAACAGUGUUUUUUUUGCGGGUGAAGCCACCUGCAAGGAGCAUCCAGACACGGUUGGUGGUGCUAUGAUGAGUGGGCUCCGGGAGGCAGUGCGUAUAAUUGACAUAUUGAGUAUGGGAACUGAUUAUACAGCAGAAGUAGAGGCAAUGGAGGGGGCACAGAGACACUCAGAGGUUGAACGGGAUGAAGUCAGAGACAUAACAAAGAGACUUGAGGCAGUUGAGCUGUCCAAUGUACUGUAUAAGAAUUCUCUGGAUCGGGCCCGUCUUUUAACCAGGGAAGCUUUACUACGAGACAUGUUCUUUAGUGCAAAAACCACUGCAGGGCGUUUGCAUCUGGCCAAAAUGCUGCUGAAUCUUCCUGUCGGAACUUUGAAGUCCUUUGCUGGGACCAGGAAAGGGCUUGCUAUGCUCAACUCGUGGAUUCUGGAUUCGAUGGGGAAGGAUGGGACUCAACUCUUGCGUCAUUGUGUUCGUCUUCUUGUGCUUGUUUCAACUGAUUUACUUGCCGUGCGUUUGUCAGGCAUAGGGAAAACAGUGAAAGAAAAAGUUUGUGUUCACACAAGCCGUGAUAUACGCGCCAUAGCUAGCCAGCUGGUUAGUGUGUGGCUUGAAGUCUUCCGCAGGGAAAAAGCUUCAAAUGGCGGGGUUAAGUUUUCAAGGCAUGCUACUUUAUUGGAUUCUUCAAAGAGAAAAUCUUUCAGCAAUUCAACCACAGGAAAACCACCAUUGCGCACCCAUCACGGUGCUUUGGAGGCCAGAGGCAAUUCACAGGUUUCUGCACCAACCAGAGGCCCCUUGCCAUCAAACCCAAACAUGAAGAAAGCAAGCAGCAAGCUGGAAACUCUGAAAGACUCAAGCAGACAGGAUACUGAGUUAAGAGAGGGUAACACUGCCAUCUCUGAAGAAGAACAGGCUGCCUUAGCUGCAGCGGAGGCAGCUCGUGCUGCUGCUCGUGCAGCUGCCCAGGCAUAUGCAUCAUCAGAAGCCAAGUGCAGCACAUUGGUGCAGCUGCCUAAGAUACCUUCAUUUCACAAAUUUGCUAGACGGGAACAAUACGCACAAAUGGAUGAAUAUGAUCUUAGAAGAAAGUGGUCUGGUGGCAUUCUUGGAAAACAAGACUGUAUAUCAGAAAUUGACUCUAGAAACUGCCGGGUUAGGGACUGGUCUGUUGAUUUCUCUGCUGCCUGUGCCAACUUUGACAGUUCAAGAAUGUCAGGUGACAACUUAUCUCAGCGGAGCCAUUCAAAUGAGAUUGCUUGCCAUAUGAAUUUUAGAGAGCAGUCUGGAGAAAGUUCAGCAGUUGACAGUAGCCUUUUUACAAAAGCAUGGGUGGAUACUACUGGUAGCGCGGGGAUAAAGGACUAUCAUGCUAUUGAGAGAUGGCAAUGCCAAGCAGCAGCAGCUGAUUCAGAUUUUUUCCAUCGUGCUAUGCGCAUAAAAGAUGAAGAGGAUUCAAACACGAGUUCCAGACCACCCACCAGGAAGCAUGAUGGAAGAGCAAAUGAGAGCUCCAUCUCACAGGAUACUAUAAACAAGGAACCAUCAAAACAUCGUUCUCGAGGUCCUGAUCGUAUUAAACAGGCUGUUGUUGACUUUGUUUCAUCAUUGCUCAUGCCUGUCUAUAAGGCAAGGAAAAUUGACAAGGAGGGAUACAAAUCAAUAAUGAAGAAAAGUGCUACCAAGGUCAUGGAGAAGGCUACAGAUGCAGAAAAAGCCAUGGCUGUCUCUGAGUUUCUUGAUUUCAAGCGCAAGAAUAAGAUCCGUGCCUUUGUGGACAAAUUGAUCGAGAACCACAUGGCAAUGAAACCAGCUGUUGAACCUUGAUGGUCCCAGCAUUGACUCACCAGUUUUUGGGCGUGCUUCCGUGUGACAUUUACAGAAAGUCCAUUCAUUUCUGUUCCUUUGCAGUCCAUGGAGUUCAUGGCUUGGCACCUUUGUAAAUGCUUGAUUGGAAGUGCCAAUAUGCUGUCGAAGAUCUUGAAAGUGCCAUGGAAGGGAGGGGACAGUUUGCCUGUUGAAACCACAAGGCCCCAGUGAAGAUUGUUCGACAUCUAGUAUUGUUGCAAAUGUCUUCAGAUUGCACUGAAGUGCCGCUCAGAGGACCAAAGGAGCUUGACAAUUGCUGUAGCUCUUAUUAUCUGGAUCGUGAGCAUCAACAUAUUUUGAAUCAGAUUGCUUCUUGAAAUUGGAUUAUCACGUCAAUAAUGUAUUCUGAGACAUGGAGUUGAUGCCCAGCUUUUUAAAUUUAGGGAUUGGCAUAGAGGAGACACUACUUAUUCCUGACAUUUUCUUGUUUUCUGUGUACAGUCUAGGAUUGUUUCAGUCAUGACAAUUGACAAACAUACAGAAUAUUUCUCUCUUACUCCAAGAAGUGCUCAAGUGCUUCACUGAUUUUUCAAGUCAAACUGUUACUAAUUUUUGUGUUCUCCAAAAUUUUAUUCAAGGAACGGUUCUGCA